AUGGACUCUUACGCUAAAGAAACGUGUAAAAUCAUUUGUGGAGUUUAUGGUGAAGAUGCUGUAAGCGAAUCAACUGUUCGAAGAUGGCUUGCAAAAUUUAGACGUGGUGAGUUCAGCUUGAAAGAUGACAAUCACUGUGGAAAACCCUCAACCUUAGACGACGAUAUUUUGAAGGUAACCAUUGAAGAAAACUCGAAUAUUACGACUAGAGAACUUGCAGAGAAGUUGGAGGUUUCCAAAAGUACCCUUCAUGAACACUUGGCAAAAAUUGGGUAUGUUUCUCGCUAUAAUGUUUGGGUGCCUCACAAACUGUCAGAACAAAACUGCAUGGACCGGUAUUCCAUCUGUGAUAUGCUUCUGAAACACAAUGAAAACAAGCCUUUCCUGAAGCAAUGGUAA